CUAUAUAAGCUUGACGAGCGUUGUAGUACCUGCAUUCGAUCGAAUUACAUGCACAAUAUGGCAUCUUAUUUGAUACUGGGAUUAUGCUGCAGUCUGCUGCUCUGUGCUGUCGUUGAGUCGUUCACCCCAAGUGAUGAUCCAUCCAAGGUGCCUGAUGUGGGCGGUACUUUCGAGCACAAUCCAAAUCGAGGAGAGCAUGUCUACAUAGACGAAGCAGGAAAUAGGUAUGUGCACUCAAAGAAGUCUACCAGACGAGCAGAGUACAUAGGUCAUCAAGAACCCCUCCUAAUUGGUCCUGCUGGCAGCCAAGUGUACAUUCGUGGUGGCAAUGAAGGAUCCUACACCGUGCCUGGUGUAAAAGGCACCUUUAAAUAUAGUGCUUCCAGUGGACAGCAUGAAUAUGUGGAUAAUCAGGGCAACACAUUUACCCAUCAACGGGAUUCUGGCCCAGGAGAAAGUAGCCACACCAUAAGCGGUCCUGGUCUGGUGGCUCAUCAUGCACACAAGCGUCGUGAGCGUAGUCCAGAUCUGCAUGUCGCUCGACCUGAUCGCACCGUUCUUGUGGGCAACGAUGGUAGCUUUGUGGUUCACAGACAGAGUCGCAGUCCACAAGAUUUCUACGUUACCCGACCAGGACAUGCAAUUAUUUACAAGAGUGAUGGCAGUUUUGCGGCUCAACGCAAUAGGCGCAGUCCCGAACAUGAUCUUCAUAAGCGCAUCCGUCGUGCAAGAGUCCAAGGUGAAAAUUUUGUUGCCCGUGACGAUCAAGCCGGUGUGUGGAAUGACAAUGUCUCCGUUUGGAAGCGACCCGAUGGUCGCACAGUUACUGUGGACAGUCAAGGAAACGUCAUUACAUCAGGCAGCCCCAAUGGACGUGGUCCACAAUAUUAUAGCGGCUAAGCUCAGACGAACCUCAAGGAGUAAAGCUGAAGAAAGAAGAUUUACCUUAAUUAUGGAACCGAAAAUUUCAAUAAAUUUGUAUAACGUAUAAUGAAAA